UGCCCCCUGCCGGCCUGACCCCGCUUCCGGCUCCGCUGGGCGCCCGCGGACGCGAUGGCGGCGCUCGGAAGGGCCUCCCGGCUGCUGCUCGGCGCCGCCGGCCCGCGCUCCCUGCCGGGGCGGAGCAUGUCGGCCGCGGCCCAUGAGGCCGGUGGAGCUCGCCUGUGGAAGCUGUUGACCUUCGUCGUGGCCCUGCCCGGUGUUGGUGUUUGCAUGCUGAACUGCUACCUGAAAGCACAGCAGGAGCACGAGAGACCCGAGUUUGUUCCUUAUGCUCAUCUCCGGAUCAGGACCAAGCCUUUCCCCUGGGGUGACGGGAACAAAACUCUGUUCCACAACCCCCAUGUUAAUGCUCUCCCAACCGGUUAUGAAGAUGACCACUAAGAUCCUGACCACAGCCAGAAAUUCAGCUCUUCCCAUCGUGGACCAGAAUGUUGCAUGGGAACCAUCAUUUAAACUCUGCAUUCCUUCUACAAUGAAACUGAAUGGUGGUGUGGCCUCUGUCUGUACCAGUGUAGAGGUCCUUUAAAUAAACAACUCUGAACUUGAA